AUGAACGCACAAAAGAAAAAAGACGCUGCACAGAAGGCAGUUGUGAAAUUUGGAAGAACUAACACGCACAACCUCACAAUGGGGAUUGUUGGUCUUCCAAACGUAGGGAAGUCUUCACUCUUCAACUCCAUGACUGGGCUGCAAGUGCCCGCUUCAAACUAUGCAUUUUGUACCAUUGACCCAUCAGAGGCGAAAGUGUGCAUAAAAGACAAAAGAUUUGAUGACCUUUGCAAAAUAUAUAAGCCAAAGAAAACAACUCCUGCAUACCUAACGGUGUUUGACAUUGCUGGCCUGGUGAAAGGGGCUUCUGAAGGGCUUGGGAUGGGAAACAGUUUCUUAGAAAAUAUUCGACAGGUGGAUGGAAUAUUCCAUGUGGUAAGGUGUUUUAAUGAUGAUUCUAUUGCACACGUUGAUGACUCAGUUGACCCAGUGCGUGACUGCAUGGUUAUUCGAGAGGAGCUUCGUCAAAAGGACUUAACAGACGCAAAGAAAAGGCUGGAAAUCGCAAAGAAGGAGCUAAGAUCAAAGCCAUCAGAUAAGUACUUUAAAAUCUAUAUAGAAGCACUAGAAAAGCUAGUUGCUGGUUUAGAGGCAGCAAAGGAUGCCAGAUUCAUUGACUUUACCUCUGAUGAAAUAAAAUCUCUUAGACCGCUAAAUCUAAUAACUGCUAAAAACGUAGUUUAUCUUGCCAACAUCAGUGUGGACAAGUACAGACAGAAUAAGCCCACUUCUCUCGCAGUUAAGCUUAAAAAGCACUUAAUGGAAACAGAUCCAGAUGCGCCCUGCAUAUUAGUAUGUGCUGGUAUUUCAGUAGAUGAGUCAACCGAAUAUUUAGACAAAGCUAUCUCCUCUGGGUACAAAACACUUGAGCUGAUUACAUUCUUCACGUGCGGUCCCGAAGAAGUAAGAUGCUGGACUAUUAGAGAUGGAACUCUGGCCCCUGAUGCAGGAGCAGUCAUCCACACCGACUUUAGAACAGGAUUUGUUGCUGUGGAUGUAAUGAGUUAUGAUGAUUUAAUAGAAUACGGCAGUGAGCAGGAGCUAAAAUCUAAAGGGCUGUGCCGAAUGAAAGGAAGAGACUACCCUGUGGCAAAUGGUGAUAUUCUCCACUUCCGGGCAGGCAGAGUUAAUAAAAAAUAAGUAUACCGGCU